AUGGGCCCAAGGAGAUCACAUCGCAAGUCGCGCAAUGGCUGUCCACAAUGUAAAGCGCGAAGACUAAAGUGCGAUGAACAAUAUCCAUGUGCCAACUGUGUCAAACAUGCCAUUCAAUGCUCCUAUGUUGAGCGAGGCGUAUCGACCCCGGCUGAGAGUCCAGCUACUCAGUCAGGGUCACCGGUACUGUCUUAUGGGCCUUCGCCAUUGAGUGCAGAGUCAUAUCCGGCAACUCCCGUUGGGGACCCAAGGACUCUGGGUCACGAACAGCGUAAGUCAGAGAGUAGAUCUGAUCUACUGCAAUUUCUGUCCGACUCGCCAGCUGAAAUCCCGGCUUUGAAUACGGAUGACUGGGCAUCGGAUCUUGAACUCAUGCACCAUUACUGCACUGUGACAUGCAACACUCUGACAAUCCGCGAAGACUCACGGCAUGUCUGGCGCACUGUUCUCCCAAUGGAGGGAUAUUCCAAUAAAUAUUUGAUGCACGGAAUACUGGCUUUGGCUGCUUUGCACCGCUGCUAUCUCUUCCCAACCCAGAAAGAAAAGAAUCUCAAGGCAUCUGCCUACCACCAGGCAGUUGGGCUAAAAGAAUUCCGGGAGCUCAUUUCCUCCCCAAUCAACCCUAGCAACUGGCAGCCCGUUUUCUGUUUUGCUUCUAUGAUUAUGGUAUGCAUCUGUGCCUCGCCGAUCCGACUGGGGGCGGAUCGCUGGCCUGCUCCGAUAUCGAAUAUGGUGGAGCUCUUUUCCGUCGUCAAGGGAUUGCAGACAAUCAUGGAGCCAUGGCUACGCUCUCUUCGGAGAACCCAGCUCGCACCACUUGUCAACAGCGUCUGGAUUGAAGAUGAAAUGCUUAUUCCAAGUCCAGGGACUAUGCAACAGUCUCUUCUUCCUCCUGACAUCCAGGCUCGGAUAUCGCAACUCCAUCAGUUUAUUGAUGAUUAUCCAUUCCCUCACAUACAACCCCAGUCCCACCAGAACUUGAGCGCCUCGGAUGAGUUACCGCGUCCUUUCGAUUACCGAGCAGACUACAAACACGCAAUGAAGUACUUUGAGAACUCGACUCGUCAGAUGGAGCUUGCAGGACCCCAUGUGGAGGUGGGAAUGGUCCUAAUGUGGGCAUACUCACUUUCCAAACAAUUCCAAGCUGACCUGGAAGCAUCCCAUCCUGCAGCUCUGGUCCUGCUGAGUCAUUGGUGUGUGCUGCUGCGUAUUGUUGACGAUUCCUGGUUUAUCAAAGGCACUUCGCUUCAAUUACUGGAGGAGAUUGAGAAUAAGAUCAACCCCGGCUUUCGGGAGUGGCUGGUAUGGCCGAGAAAAUGGGUCUUUGGCAAAUGA